UUAGUGUAAAUGCCAGAUUACGGGGCUGGCUUCGGCCGGGCCCUUGGCCGCAUCCAGGCGGCUGCGCCGGGCUUCCCGGCAGGACCCGCAGGGCUUUGCUCUCGGGCGCUUGCUGUGUACAGAAGCCCUGCCCCGGCUCACGCGUGGCCCCUGUGACUGUUGGUUAAGACUGUUUCCCUGGAGGGCUGCGCCUCCGGGCUGCUCGUUGGAGAGUCCUAAACCAAAGCCCCAGCGACACCAGGGACUGGGGAGCCGCCACCACGACCUUGCUGCCUCCAGCUUCUCCUCUGGCCCCGGGCCGUGCUACCCCAAGCUGCAGGUGCUGGUGGUGGGGGACGCCACGGUGGGGAAGACGUCGCUGGUGCAGCGCUACGCGAACGACAGCUUCAACCGGCACUACAAGUCCACGGUGGGGGUGGAUUUUGCUCUGAAGGUGGUCCAGUGGUCGGAAUCGGAGACUGUACGACUUCAGCUCUGGGACAUUGCAGGGCAGGAACGCUUCACAUCCAUGACCCGGCUGUACUACAGGGAGGCGUCAGCCUGCAUUAUCAUGUUUGAUGUCACCAACAUCAGCACGUUCAGCAACAGCCAGAAGUGGAAGCAGGAUUUGGACAGCAAGCUCAUGCUGCCAGACGGGAACCCCGUGCCUUGCCUACUGCUGGCUAACAAAUGCGACCUUUCCCCAUGGGCAGUGACGAGAGACGAAGUGGAUCGGUUCAGCAAAGAAAAUGGCUUUUCUGGUUGGGUGGAGACAUCUGUCAAGGAAAACAAGAAUAUUAAUGAGUCCAUGAGAAAUUCUUUGAACAAUACCAGGAAUGUUUUUUCACAUGCUGGCCUCUACCAGGAGGAUGGGACUUCUUGUGCAAAAGGCUGGGCAGGUGGUACCUGGGAAGCCUGUUGCUGUGUCCCAGUCGUAAGCUGGAGCCGAGGUGAGGUGGUUGCAGCAGGAGUUGUUAGUUAUCCGGUCACUGCAGAGUCUGAUGCUGCCAGGGUCCUGAUUGAAAAGAUGAUGUCCUCAUCCGCUGGUGAUGGAAGCUCCUCUGCUGCGGGGAGUGGGGAUUAUAUUAACAUAAAAGAGACAACCCCGCCAGGCUGGGCCUGCUGUUAGAUGCACUGACUGCACCAUCUGCCUUUUGUUAUUACCACCAUUUUAUUCCUAAACUGGCUGUCACUGGUUUUUGGGUUGGUUUUUUUUUGUUUUUUUUUAAACAUGAUCAUGAACUGUCUUCUGUUUAAUGCAUAUUCGUUCUCAGCAGAGCAUUGCUACAAUGACUGGGAGUGAGGAGUGGAAAGAAGAGAGGAGUGAGAAAAUUCCUCCUCCUCCUAGCGUAGUAGCAACUGGGAGCUCUGCUGCUGGUGAUGUAGCACAGUCCGCGUUCGAGCACAUGCUUGGACUAAUUUUUUUUUUAAAACUUUUGAGCACUUCAUCUUCUGGCACGUGAUGGCCUGUCUCAGGCAGGGCGAAGGAUGUCGGAAGGUACGUUUUUAAUAUUGCCGCACCUUUUACUCCCCACCGCCUGCACCCACCGUAGGCAGAGGCACCAGGCCACAGCAUUACGGUGACCUUCAUUCGAUGCACGCCGAGUGCAAACGGUCUCUGUGCCUGUGCGUUCCCCGCGUGGGGCUACAGCACACUCUUUACUUCAUGCUCUGGAACUCCAUACCUCUGCUUCCGUGACCUGAAGAGACCCAACGCAUCUCGUCGUUGCCGCUAGCUGUCCUGAAGAUGUGAAGCCAGAUGUGGGUUAGCGCGGUGUCCCACGUAACCAGACCUGUACAGUUACCGGUGUGAAUUUGAGAAACGGUGUAGCACAGCCCUUACGUGUGUACUGACUGCGAUGCUUAACAGCACAGAGCUCACAUUUUUGUCACGAAUAGCCCAGUUGCCUUCUGUUCGUCCCUUCUCGCUCACCCUCUGUCCAGCGUAUUCUGUUCUGCUGUCACUUUAUUAGGGCACGAAGAGCUGAAUGAGGAAUAGGUUGUAAACUCCUUUGUAUGGCAGAACAACGGUGCUUUUCACUUUUAGAACACCCUGCAUCCUACCAUCUCAAACAGCUUUGCAAUUGCUGAUGAAUUGCCUCCCCACAAUUAUUCUGUAGCGAUGAGUGCCUUUGGUAGCAGGGAUGGUGCAGGGAAGGCAGCUCUCCGAAAGCCCACCUGCGGUUUUAGUGGUGCGAGGGGGACGCAAAGGAGAAGACUUUGCAGGGCAAAAGGAAAUGAAGAGAACCGCUCCCCACUUGCCUUGCGAUGCCCGCUUUCCCUAGCGUAUCCCCAGGUGCUCGCUGCUGGGAGCCGUUCUUGCCAACGGCAACCAAAAAUUGGCAAAAGCAUUCUAGAUGCUUAUCUCGGAAGUGUUAACAGGAAACUCGGUCUGUAGGGCUGGAGUUGUCUAGCCUCGUAUGCAUUUAUACAGGCGUGCUAUGCCAUAGAAUUGUCUUGCCCGUGUUUUAGGUUAGGAUUUGAACACGGGGCCUUCGGUAAAGUUUUUCCCUUCUGGAGUAGUUUGAUUUGAAAAUGGGACUGUAGAUCGGUUUGUCCCGAUUCCUGCUGAAUUCGCAUUGCUUUUCUUUAGCAAAGUAUUCCUUCUGUCUGCCUUUUCUUACUUUAUAUAGUCUAUGGAGGGAGAAGGUGGUAAGAAGAGGAACUGGUUGCCUUCACUAAGCACAAAAGAUUCUGAGUUUUCAUUCUCUGGAGUAGAAAAGCUAAGAAAUUUAGAACUAGUAUUGUGUUCCACUGUUUUAAUUAAAAACUAAAAUGUCUGGGCUAGGAUUCUGUUGCGCAAAUAUUGCCAAAUUUGGUUUUACAGGUGCUUAAAUAUACCCUUUUCUGCACUGUUGGAUUCACCGUAGAAACGUGAAACGUGUAAAACUGGUUAGCCACAAAAGUGAACUGUCAUGUUGAAUUUUACUUCCUGAGCUUUGUGUUUAAAAAGAAAAAAAGUAUUUUUUUAAACCCUAUAAAUAUUUUUUGUUCUUUAUGGAACUGGGGAGAAGGGUCUGAUUUUUUUAAAGGAUCUGUCACGAAACCAUUAAGAUUGAUGUGUUAUUUUAUUGAUGUCUGUAUACACACCUCAAAGCGUUUCAGCAGAGGUCGAGCGUUAGAGCUGUCGUACAGAUGGAGGAACGAGGCACACGGUGGAAACCUCUGCCCAGGACCACGACGGCUCGAGGCAGUGAGAGCUUGGCACCAAAGGGAAAACUUCUAACUCCUAUUCCGACAGCCUCGCUGCGAGGCCACGCAUCUUGCAGGAAAGCAUCUUUAUACCUUUUGCAUGUCAGUUUGAUGUCUACCGGUGCCUCUUCGGUGUCUGGACCUCUUAAUCUGGAUCUCUUUUUCAACAGCACUGCUCAGAAACAAGCAAAAAGCCAAAGGAAGAUCUUUGAAGUUUUUUUUCUAUUAUAAAUAAUUUCUGUUUUGCCCAGUGGUUUCCGGUACUGGUGUGUGCCUUGGGUAUUUUUUUCCCCCCACACUGCUUACUGCUUGUUAACAUCUUAAUAGGCUCCGUAGACAAAUGUCAGAAACCAAGCCUACACAACAGAAACAGUCGUUGCUUGAGAUCGGUGUAAAAACCCAACCAGACAGGAAAACGAUUUUGCUGUGCAGAUGUGUGCGUUUUUUUAGAGCUUGCUCUGUGGCACACAAGGUGCUUAAAGAAGCAGAACAAAAAUAAUUUAAAAAAAAAACCACCUUGACUUGGGCCUGUAAAACAAACUGGUUCAAAAGCCCCACGUAAACAUGCUCCUUGCUGGGAUGGGCAGUGGGUAGAGAACGGUCGCCUGAGAUUGGUUGUGCCCAGCUUGCGCUAGUUGAAAUAAUUCUCAUUUUUAAAACAACUGGAAGGGAAAAGACAGCUUGAGGGAAGCAGUUUCUAAGAAGUAUUUUAAACAAAGUCAAGUCUCGUUCGCGCAGACCGAUUAAAAACUGGAACCUUUCCGAUAUGACUCAGAAAAGCCUCAUCUUUAUUCUGAUGCGUCAGGAAUGACCCGUUUUGAAAACGAAGGCGCUUGCUUCUCCCGUGUGCAGUGCCUGCUUUGACUUUGGACUUGGUGUGACCCUGGGCCAACUGUACUUAUUUCACUCUUCCACGUGUUGUUUCUCAUUCCUCUAACUUUAAUUUGUGGUCACGGGACUCAAAACCACAUGAAGUUUAACGGUGUAUUUUGUAUGUUGAUGGUAGCACACUAUGGGUCCACAGAGCUGGAAAUUUUUACUGCAAUAGAAUUUGAAAUCAUGAGGGCAGAGUAUAGUUCAGAAAUAAGUCAACAAUAUCAAAAUAUAGAUUUUAUAUUUUUUUAACCGCUGGCAGUUGUGCAGAAGUAUUCUAGAGACAGGGUCCUGAUUACUGUGAAGUUGCAGUAUUAUGUUUAUAUGAAAAGAAGAAACUGCCGGGAGGUUUUCUCCAUAUCAAUCUCAAACUAAUGCGGUAUUGCAAAGUUUGAAAUAAAAGUUUGACAUUGCUCGUG